CUCCCAUCAGGAGAAAGAAGCAGUCAGUGUGACAGAGGUACAGAGGGAGAACCCCCCCUCCCUUCCCUUCUUCCAUCCUCCUCCACCCCUCCUCCUCAUUUUCCCCUAUACUAUGUACAUUUCAUAGAAGUGCUGCCUGCUUUUGACAUGUGCUGAGCUGGCUUUCAUGAUAAGACUGUUAUCUGUGCACUGCAUGUAUGACAGCUCCAAAUAAACACCGCUCCAUUGGAGACCAACGACAGCACAAGCUGGACAUCCCGAAAAGGCUGACGCCUCCAGAGUGAUCGCUUCCAGCCAAUAUGUCGGUGAAGUUGAAGUUCAGCUCCCCCAGUGAUGGUCUCGCCGCGGUCGGCAGGAGCCGGUCCUUUGCUGGUUUUAGUACAUUACAAGUCCGAAAGACCUCGCAGUCCCUUCGUAAAAACUCUGUAAAGUCAAAAAUGUCUGUCCGGUCAGAGAAGUUGUACCCAUCUCUAAAGAAAGGAUCCAUUAGGCUGGACCCUCAUCCUCACCAAGUCAAGAAGAUAUUCGAAGCUUUAAGGAAAGGACUAAAUGAGUACCUUGAAGAACAUCAAACACAGCUGGAUUUCCUGGCCGGCCAACAGAAAGACAUAAAAAGAAACUCCAGACUGGGCUUCGUCUAUGACCUGGACAAGGAAAUUCGCUUAAUUGAAAGACACAUCAGGAAGCUGGAGUUUCACAUAAGUAAGAUUGAAGAGCUGUAUGAAACCUACUGCAUACAAUGGCGGCUACGGGUUGGAACGUGCAACAUGAAACAUGCAUUCUCCCUGUCUCCUUCAACGAGAGCCUCCAGGGAAAGUCUCAUAGAACUGAGCAAGAACUUCCAAGAGUGCACUGAGGAUAUGUGUAUGAUUGAAGGCGCGUUAGAGGUCCAUCUGGGCGAAUUCCUUAUUAAGAUGAAAGGUCUGGUAGGUUAUGCUCGGCUCUGCCCUGGAGACCAUUAUGAGGUGUUGAUACGUUUGGGUCGCCAGAGGUGGAGGUUAAAAGGCAAGAUAGAAACAGACGACAGCCAAGUGUGGGACGAGGAGGAGAGAAUAUUUAUACCGAAUCUCUGCGAGAAUUUUGAAAUCAAGGUCAUAGAGCUACGCGGCUUGACCACCAUCAUGGUGGGGGUUGUGACUUGUGACAGUGCUGACUUUUUUACCACUCGGCCAAGGGUCAUCAUUGUAGACAUCACAGAGCUGGGGACCAUUAAGCUGCAGUUGGAGGUUACAUGGAAUCCUUUUGAUAACAGCAAGAUCCUGUCUACCCCUGGAAUGGCAAACAAGUUUUCAUCAAGUGUCCGGAAAAUGUCCUUAUAUCAUUGGACGCCCCCCAACACCCCCAGCUUUCGGGACAAGUUUUACCUUCAGAAUGAUCUGGACAGUACAUAUCCAUCCCUGGAAAAGGAUAUCCAGACCCCCUACAUCCUGAGCUACCUGGCCAAUAGUGGUUUUGUCAGAGACCGACAAAGUCUAGAACAUAGCAUGGAACUGAACAGCAUGGACAGUCUGAGGAAUUUAGAGAUUGGAGAUGAAACAGUCCCGAGUCCACCGUCCUCUUGUGGGGAGACGGAGACACUACCAUAUUCUUCACAAGAGCUGACCAGAGACGAACAGCCCCCAGGUCAUGAAACUCUGGAUAUUCUGAGAGAGACCCCCAACCGUUACAGCACCCAUGACGCCAUGAAACCAUCAAUGCUAGAAUUUGACAAAAAACCCAGUCCAGAGAUCACAGAGAAUGGCAAGAACCCCAGCUCUGUUCCAGAGGAAAACAAAGACAACACUGCAGCAGAUGGUGAAGGAAAGAAACGAUCCCUACCGCGGCAGAUAGACGAUGUUCUGGACUUGCUGCGUUCAGAGGAUGCCACAAGGUGGAAAAUGAAGGAAUUGGAGCAGUCAGUGUUAAACUUCAGAGAGAGAGUACUGAGGUCUUGUGAUUCUAGGCUGGAGCUUCCAUCCAUGGACAGCCUGAUGGUGGAGACAGCACUGGAAAGUUUUGACUUCUUGAACACAGAUUUCAGCACAGAUGACUUGUCUCUGUUUGGCAGCGUCCGCACUCACAGCAAGAGUAAUGAAACGGUCACUCCGUCAGUCACACACGCCUUCAGCUGUCAUAGUGAAUCAGAGAAGGAUGGACUUAGCACUGGACAUGAAGACCUGGAUACUCUCCUUUCCAUCCAUCUGGAUAUCUGUAAAGCACUACUAAAGAAACUGACCUCACCAAACACAGCCCGGAUUAUACAGCAUCAUCUCCUGGAUGAAUUGUCCUGGCAGAGGGAGGUUUUGGAGGAUAUGUCCAUCAUUUAUAUCCAGAAAGCACAAGAGAAGGCCUCUAUUGAGGACAUUUUCCCAAAAAGCAAAAAGAUCCGACAUUUCCUUAAGCUCUGGGAGAGCUGCAUCAAGCCUGAGUGUCCUUGGUUCUGCUCCUCUGAAGUUUUCCUCAAUCAGCUCAAAAAAAUGUUUGUGCUGAAGAUUAAAGCCAAGUACCCAGGACAGCUGGAGGCAGUGUUUAGGAGAGCGCUGGAGCAGAUAUUUGGGUUUGGUGGGGUAAUGGCAUCAAAUGAGAUCCCAGAGUCCAUCGUCUCCAUCUUCUUAUUCUAUGGCUACCUGCAGAGAUACCAUGUGGUCGACCUGGAGAAACACUUUGCAGCACUUACCAGAGAAGUCACUCUCAUUGGAGACCUGCAGCUUCCUGGGCGACUGAAGAAGAUCAGAAAGCUGAAAGCCAAGCAGAUCUCACGGCUCCAGCCCCUGCCGCAGUUCCUGAAGCUCGUAGCCACGUUCCAAAUAGACGAGAACAUGAAGCUGUGCAAAGUGGCCAUGAGCUUCCUCAGCAGAGCGUCAGCUAACAAGCACUUCAAGCAGAAGGCAGUGCUCUAUUACACCGAGCUUCUCUCUGACAAAGAUGUGAAACUGCAGAGAUCAGCGUGCCUGGCUCUCAAACAUCUGAAAGGCACAGCCAGCAUUGACCAGAUUGCAGGACUGUGCCAGUCAGAAGUGGAGGACGUCAGGAUCACAGCCAGAGAGACCAUCCUGUCAUUUGGUCAGAAAGGUCGACACACGUUCGGAAAGACGGAUAAGAUCUGCCGUGAACUACAGGAAACACUGACGCUGGACGGGGAGAUUGAGAUCACAGUGUUCUGAGGAGUAAAUGGUGAAAUGUCAAACCGCCCAGGAGCCGCUGACCAGAUACCAAAGACUGAUCUCUCCCAGGCAUUACUGAUUAUAUAGGAAAUUAUAUAUUUCUCAAGUGACCAAAACAUAAUAUAUCCUCAGUGUCUAGCAGAGGAGAGACACUCUGCAGACUCCUGAGUCUGCGAUCUGCCAUAAUCACUCCUUAUAAUGUGCCCUCAAGGAAUCCUGUAUAUAGUAAGGGGAAAUUGUCUGCUUAGCACUGAUGUGGGGUGAAAGGAGUUAAAACAAUGUACAUAAAUCUGUAUAUUAAAUCCUGACACAUUG